GAUAUUUAGAAAAAAAAUGUCAGUGAAGGUCUUGAAGUUUCAUAUGUGAACUGCAAUUUACUAAAUUGAAGUGAAGGAGUAUGCGAAAUACAAUCUAUUGGCUUCAUAUCGAUUCACACUUUAUUGUUUAAAGUUUUACAUCGCUGGCAUGCAGGGUGUCGCUUCGCUCGUGUUUCGGUGUUGCACUUGUAGUAAGGACUUUUAAAACACGGGUUAUUUCCGCUCCGAUUUUGUGGUCGAUUCGUAGAUGGUCAUAGAGCUUGAAGUGCUCGCCUAUAAAAGGCUGAGGAUGAACGGUAAAACAGUAAAGGAAUUUAGAAGUGACAUUCCACGUGAAUGACAUAGGUGGACGUGAUAUGAAUGUUUGCUUGAUAAUUUGCUUAAUAUCAUCGAGUAGUUAUCAGGACUUAACACGUUUAUGCAAGGACGUUUCGAACUGAUCAUUGGGAACAGCCGGCUUUAUUUAAGAUGGCAUCAAAUUCUUUAGAAGAAAAGAUUAAUAAGAUUAGGCAACAGAAUGAAGAAAUUAGGAGACGACAUGAGGAAGUGGAAGCUGAUAAGAAAAAUGCUGCAAAGUUGAAUGCAUUGGUCAAAAUGGUACCUUCAACAGAUUGGCCAGAACGAAAAGAGCCCCCAGAAUUUUCUAACCCUCUACCUAGAACUAAUCAAAAGCCAAAACCAACUAAUAGAGAACAUGAGCAUCCUCUACAAUAUCAUGCAGCAGGUGGAAAUAGCAAAAAAGUACAUAUUUUUGCUGAAGGUGAUGGACCUCCACCUGAUCCUAAAUAUAAUUUCCUGGCUGACUCUGAACGAGAAGAGCAUGCUAUGGAAGAACCCAGAGAUAAUGAAAGAAAUAGAGGACGUAACAAGCCAUCACGCGGAAGUUUUCGGAAAAGAGGAAGCGGUGGCAGAGAUGUGCACAUCAAAGACUUCCGAGGGCAUCAAACAGUACAGAGACCAGAUACUUUGCCUGAAUAUGAAGCAUGGCGAGCUGAACGUAAUCGCAUUGACGAGGCUCGUAUCAGUAGACAACGCACUGCUGAGGGUAGUUGGCGUCGUGAAUGGGAUAUUGAUAAAGUAAACAUAGAAGACGAAUCACUACCAAGAGAAUCUCGAACUACGUUAGGUGACAUUAUUCGAAAAGAUCACAAAGAUCUUGAUAAGCGUCACCAUUCAGAUAGUUCCGAAUAUACAAAUCGCGGUCGUGGAGGCAAUCAUCAUUUUAUGCGUGGUACUUCAAGAGGUUCGCAUAAUAAUCGUGGCUAUCAUCACUCCAAUUCUUAUGAACAGUAUCAUUGUUCAACAUUAACAUCGGGACCAGCACCACUAUCGCCAACUAAUUCUGAUGAGAGAACUGUUACUGCUACUGAUAAAAGUAUUAAGAUUACAUUGAAUCAAGGAUCCAACGCAUCGAAAGGGCCUGUCAUGAGCGUGAAAGUGAGCUCUCCAAGUAUAGCCGGAACCGGAAGAGUUGGUCCUCGUCAAAAGACUCGAGUUAUGUACAGCAGUCAGUCAGAAAAUGAAAUUGUAACUAAUGAACUCGAAACUUUUCCACGACAAAAAUCCUUUGAUGACAAAUCCAGGGGUGUUCAUUUCAAUCCCAACGCAUCGCAAAGUUCCACUUCAAAAAGUCCUCACCCACAAAGGAAAAAAGAUAGUGGCUCAAAGUCACCAUUCCCACAAAGAAAAGAAUUUAAACAUGAUGAUGCCACAAUAGGGUCGAGACCCCAAAAACGUGGCGAAAAUGAGUCUAAAUCACCUUACCUUCAGAGGAAAGAAUUUAAAGAUUUUCCGAAAUCGCCGCAUUCCCAGAGAAGGUCUAUUAAUUCUAGCAACGAUUCCCCAAAAUCACCAUAUCCUCAGAAGCGAACUGUUGACAAGUCAAAGGAUCUAAAUAAUUCGGAAUCACAGCGACCUCAUCGUCGUGUUGAGAAAUCGAAAAGUUUUAAUCGAAACUCAUCUAGGACAGAACAGAGUCAUGAGAAUACUGUUAAAAUAAAGAACGACUUAACGGAUAUUGAAAAUUCUGCAAACUUUGGAGAUUCUAGUUCGACCAUCAGUACCAUACAAGUUGAAGAACAUGGUGAUGAAGUUAAGAGUUAUGCGGGUAAUAUCGAUGAUACCAAGGAAGAAGUUUCGAACACUGAAGUAAAACUUUUAAAAAAGAAUAAUGAAGUGACAACAGAGAUUGUUGAGACAAUUGAGAAAGAGGACGUUGAGAUAUUCGAAGACUCGAUUGGACACGACGACUCAGGCUUUGUCGAAGCAUUAGCUAACGAUUAUACUCAAAUUGCAUUAGAUGAUGAGAAAGAGAAAGUGAAUGAUGAAGGGGAAACAAAGACUAUAUUAGAUAAUUCUACCAAAGAGAUUACCGAUGGCACUAAGGACGCAAUCUGUGAUAAUACCGAUCUCAAUGCUGCUGACACAAAGUCAGACACAGUUGACAAGGCCUUGGUACAAGGUAAUGUACCUGUUGAAAUAUCAGAGCAUCAAGCAGAUACACCAGAUUUGGUACAGCUGCCAUCGACUGAUGAGUUCUCCAAGAGUCCUAUUGAAAAAUUAACGACCACAAAUGAUUCGAAGGAACUUCAAGGUGUAGAAACACCACCGGAAGUUUUAACGAAACCAGAAAUUGUUACAGAAGAAAAUACCGCCAAGAAUAAAGAGCUAAUAAUCAGUGCCCCAAUACUGAGCGAAGAAGUCAAUAAAGAAGCGGAACAACCUGCAAACAACAAUGGUGAGGAGAAGGAUGCUGUCAAGGUGAAUGAUACUAUUAAUAAUUUGAUAGAAUCCGAUCAGAAAGAAGUUCUCGAAGAUAAUAAUACUUCAAAUAAUGAUGAUAAAUCUGCAAAAGCUCUCGUGAAGAAAGAAGCGGAGACAGAAAUCAUUGGAUCACAAGAGUGAUUUGAAAGAUCAUCCCCUUGGUUCGGUUGUAACAUCAAAUACUUUUUAUUAUGAAUCAAUACCUAAAGCUCGUUUUUAGGUAUAAUGAUAUUCGUUUGGUGGUUAAGGAUUAGUUAUCAGUAUCGUUGGUAGUGAAACUAGAAAGUUGUCAACUAAUUCAUACACGUGUGUGAACAAGGCAGCAUUCUUCAUUUGUUAGACAAAUGUAUAGUUCAGAUGGAACGAUAUGAUAUUAUUUUUGUUUAUAAUCAGUUAUACAUAUACAUAAACGAUAUAAAUCUUUCUUACAGAAAUAUAAAAAGCAUAAUAAAUGCUAGUACAUAGAAAAUUUAGCAUACGUCGAAUUGAUGUGAUUAUGGCCUCUCUCAUUGUAGGUAAUACUAUUGUUACUUGUUGAAUCAAAUAACUGGACGAAAAAGUUCUUAAGGCUGUACAAGUGCUAUGUUGUAUGUGACAUGUACGAUAAGUUAGAAAUCAUAGAAAUGCUGAUAUUUCUUAAGGUUGGUGAAUCAUUUUGGAGGAAGAGUACUUUUUCAAAUACUACAAACUGUUGUGAAUAAACAAUUGUUAUUAUUAUAAAUUCAGUAUAGACCAGUAAAAAAUCAAUAUGUGCAGACAAUUCAUUAGGGGUAUCUGCUGCUGUUAUUAGCAAUUAUAUCGUAUUGGCUCCAAUUUUAAAUUUGUCCAACAAUUUCCUCGGUCUCUCGUACUAAACUCUAUUCGUAGAUAAUGACUCAGUCAAGAUUGCCACUCGUCCACGACGUAAUGAAAAUUAAUUAUAGAGAAUUAUAGCAUUUAUUAGCAGGUAUAGAGUGUAAAAUGUACAGUACGUCUAUUUAAUAGGCAGCCUGCCAAGGGGUUCAUGAUCGCAUUCAAUGCACUCUGUGUUUUCCAAUCGCUAAUCGUGUUGGUAACACGUAAAUCAUGUGAUAAACAAAAAAAAUGGUAGUAUAAGAAAUACUAUGGUGUAGCAAAGUUUGCUAUUAAUUUCAAAUCAUGUUUUACUGAUUCAACUUUUCCUAAUGCUCACUUUAGAAAGAGAAAAAAAUGCUGGAAUUUCACUGUUUCCAAUAACGCGUUGCAUAACUCGUGACAUAACAAUUGAGGCUAAAUAUUUUCAUGGAAAUAAUUUAAUCGGUUAUAUGGUAAUAUUCUUGAUUCAUUUCUUACUCGUAGUAAUUUAUAGCCAUAACUUAUUAAAAAUAAUAUAAUAGUUUGAGAAUCAAGUAUAGCACGUCAUAACCGAGAGCGCAUUUAUAGUUUAACAAAAUUUUAUUUUUUUUCUUUAUUUCAGUAAAUUUGAAUGAGGUGUUUUUUUUUUGUUUUUAUCAUGUCAUCAGAAAACCGUCUAUAUUCUCGAACGGAAAAAAGGAGUGUUUGGUGUAUUAAUAUUUAUUAUAGAAGAAUAACUAAUUGUCAUUUUCUUGUAUGACUAUAUAUAUAACAGAAAUUAUCUAUCGGAUUGCUAGUGAUAUCUCAUCAUUUUUAUUUAAUUUUAUUUUGAAUGAUUAAAAGGCAUUGGUGGCUUACGACAAAAAGUGAAUGGUAAAUAAUGCUGCCAAUAACUUACAAUGCCAUUAAUUUUUGACUAUAAACUAUUAGAGAGUUCGUUUUACUUUUGAAUAAUGAAAGCGCACAUAUUUUGGUUAUUAUGGUGGCACAGUUAAUUACUUCCGUCAAUGAAUAUAACUGAUUUAGCACUGAAUUAAUGGCUGUCUGCCGGUUAUACAAUUUUAUAUGUAUUAUAUACAAGAAUGAUAUUUAUUUUGAACAUUUUAAUAAUAUUUUUAUAUCCGACAUUUGGCACUCGAAAAGUAAUCACGCAAGACUAUAAUGUGGAUGAGUAUCGAAGACGGAAUGAAAUGCAAAAAAAUAUAUAACCAAAAACAAUUUUAUUCCUAUGACAUUGAUGCAACAAUAGUUAUAUCGUUACAAGUUUUUAUAGUUUAUAUGUAUAUCAAUUUUAUUAUUUAAUUUACUAUUUUCCUUUAUUGUUAUUUAAGUUUAAUAUUUAUAAUCGGCGCUGGCAACUUCUCAAGUGGCGCCUCUAAUUUUGCAGCUACAAUUAAAUACUUUUACAGCGAGGAAUUUAGCGAGUGGCUGCCGAUGACAGCGGGAAUUCUAUAUUUUUGUAUUAAAAAAAAAAUAUCAAGUAGCAAGUCUUAAUGUCGUGCUGCUUUUUAUUCUUGUCAGUAGUAGGCGUUUUUUAUGGCGUACUAUUUAUCUAUGUCUCGUUGUCUUUAUCAUCUUCGUUUCCUAUUACGCCUACACUUUCAUUGGCAUCGGCUCCACUUUUCGAAAAUUCCUCGACGCUAUUUAUUUUUGACGUUGCCGCCAGCAUCGGCGCCGAGUAUCCCAGAACCUCCAUCGACCGUGUUAUCAUCAGCCAUAGCUUUACGUUUUUAAGAUUGUUCUAACGCAAUGGAAACAAAAAAUGAAAAAAAAAAUUGUUAAUAAAUCUGUACUGCUUGCUAA